AUGUAUUCGUCCGUCACCAUCGGUGGGUCGCUGGUCAAGCGACUCGCUGAGAACCCGCCUCAGCAGGUGAAGGUGCCGGGUGCCGCCAUAUUCGUCUUCAUCGCCGACUUCGUCGUCUUUCUUCCCGUCUUUCUCAUCCUUCUGUACACCCUCUCGCAUGUCUACCCCACUCUCGCCGCCGUGGAGGACCCCCUCCCGGCUUACGAGGCGCUGCCCAUGAACGAUGACGGCACCCCCAAGACCGACACCGAUCCGGUGCGCACCGCCCAGCCGGGUAAGCCCAUCACGGCCUCCAUCCGGGCCACCAACCGCCUCAUCCGUUCGCUCGGCGGCUGGCUCUCCAACUUCCGCGGCCUCGGCUACGGCUUUCUCAUCGGGAUGGUCACCGUCAUGACAACCGGCAUCCUCUCCAGGCUGCCCUUCGUCCCGGUUCGCAUCGCCCAUCUCAUCUCCCUCCUCGCCCUCUCCCCGCUUGCCACCACCUGGACCCACCUCGUCAUUACCGGUCCCUCGGCCAAGUCCUUCGCCCGCCGCAUCCCGUCCGUGAAGAAGGUCUACGUCGCCAACUGGUUCCCGACAUUCCUCCUCUGGGCCUCCGCCCACGCCGCCGUCGUCUUCCCCGAGCUGCUCGGCAAGGCCAUCGGCCUGCGCAUGCCCAACGGCCCGAUCCAGGUCGGUGGCGAGCCCAUGAACGGCUCCGACGCCGGCAAGGUGAUCUGCGUCGCCGCCCUCUCGCUGCUGCUGCAGGCGGUGCUCGUCAUCCCCGCCCACGCCGCCCUGACCCGCGUGCAGGCGUCGCUGCUGCCCGCCGACGAGGACACCAUCGUCCCCUUCGACCGCUCCUUCGCCGGCCGCGUCGAGCCCGAGGUCGUCACCGGCAAGGGCUUCGCCACCUUCGGCGCCGCCAUCAAGACCAUCCCGCGCUCGAGCUGGGUCAGGAUCUACCUCCUGCGCAUCAAGGUCUUUUUCGUGAGCAUGGCCGUCUACUUCGUCCUGGGCGCCAUCGUCCUGUUGGAGUUUGUGUUGUUGGGUCUGGCUGAGUCUGCGAAGAAGAACUGA